AUGGCUCGUUGGAGAUUUUUUGCUGGUCUUUUGUUAUUUCCAUUAUUGGUGUUUUCUCAGGAUUAUUAUGCUAUACUAGGUGUUAAUAAAGGUGCUACAGAUAAGGAAAUCAAAUCAGCAUAUAGACAGUUGUCCAAGAAAUACCAUCCUGAUAAAAAUCCAGGUGAUGAGAGUGCUCAUCACCAUUUCAUUGAGGUUGGUGAGGCAUAUGAAGCUUUAAGUGAUCCAGAAAAACGUAAGAUAUAUGAUCAGUUUGGCGCCGAAGCGUUGAAAAAUGGUGGCGGUGGCGCUGGAGGUGGGCCAAACGGUGGAUUCCAUGAUCCAUUUGAUAUCUUUGAGCAGAUGUUCGGUGGUGGUGCAGGAGGCGGGGGAUUCCAUUCUGGCGGUCGGAUGAGAAAGCAAAAAGGUCAGAGUCUUCAGGUACAGGACGAAAUAACGCUGAAACAGUACUACCAUGGGACAACGGUUGAAUUUGGUUUGGCAAUGAACGAUUUCUGUGAUCAUUGUCAAGGAUCUGGGUCUGAAGAUGGAAAGGUGGAGCGCUGUGCGCAGUGUAAUGGGCGCGGUAUUGUUAUACAGGUGAUCAGACAGGGUUUCAUGACGCAGCAGAUCCAGCAAAUGUGUCCUAAAUGCGAAGGGAACGGUGAGGUUAUACAACACAAGUGUAAGGUGUGCCAAGGUGCUAAGGUUGUGAGGAAGAAUAAGAACUUCAGUGCCCAAGUACCUGCUGGUGCACCAAGGGACUACGUUGCCGUGAAACAUGGCCAAGCAGAGAAGUCUCCCAACACCGAACCAGGUGACUUGUAUAUAAAGGUGGUAGAGGCAGGCCACGGCAACAUGGGAUAUAGGAGACGCGGUCAAGAUCUUUUCAGAACUGAAGUGUUAAGCUUGAAAGAAGCGUUACAGGGCGGUUGGACGCGUAGCAUUGAAUUUCUCGACCCAGAAAAGACCGUUGAAAUCAGUAGGAAGAGCGGACGCACUGUACAGAACGGUGAGGUCGAACGCAUCCCAGGUUUCGGUAUGCCGAUUGACGACGGCCGGAGGUUCGGCGAUCUUUUCAUUGACUACGUUGUACUUCUACCUGGCAAAUACGACCAAGCAUUCCUCAGGGAUGAACUUUAA